AUGUAUCCAGUAAUACAUGUUACUGGUGGAACGGUCCAGGUUCAAACGCAGGGAGAAGGGAGCCUCCUAGAAGGGGAUUGCUGUAGUGGGGAGGAAAAGGAUUCAGAUUGUGAAACCUCUAGGGAAUCAGAGGGAGAGAGUAAGGGAACCCCUGGAAAAGGUAUAACUAAACCAGCGUUUCAGGAAAGGGUGAUUAGAGAGCAAAAGGAGGAGGCGGCCCAGGGUAAUCGGGGCAGCCUCACCCCUCUCCGCGAACGGAGCCGUCUCCAGAGAGGGGAAGUGGAGAUUAUCGGUGAAUUGUCGGGGUAUUGUGAGGAAGAUGAGGAUGAGAAAGUGUUGAUUGAUUUGGACGGUGAACAAUGCGAGGGGGUAGAGCCUGAGAGAAGGGAAUCCUCAGGGAAACUGAUUCUCAGGUCCCGCAUUCUACAGCGGCGACCUAGCCUGAAGUCUAAACAGUUUCCCCUAUUAAGGGGGGCUUCAGAAGGACCUGAGAGAUACAAGCCGUUCUCCUUAGGAGACGUGCAGGCGCUAGCGGAUGAGAUGCCUCCCCCUGCAGACGGGGGAGGUCACUGGAUGGAUAAACUAGACCAGCUGACGCAGGGAACAAAGUUGGCCUUGGGUGAUUUCAGAGCAGUGGCUGCGAGGUGCCUAACUAAACACUCUCUGCAGAAAAUAGAGGAAAUGGCAGGGACACUCACUCGCGGUGAUAGUGUGACUCUAACAGACGUAGUGAUGGACGUGGGUGAAGCCAUGCGGGAGAUGUUCCCCGCCCCGAGCGGGGACAGCAUUCCAAAAUUUACUUGGGACCCUAAAAUACACCCCAGAGAAUAUUUGGACAAAUGUACGGAGGAUUGGACUGGGAGAAUAGGGUGUCACCCUGGGCAGGCUGGGGUUCAGCAGGAGUGGUUCAGGCGGGCGGUCAUGGAGUGUGUCUCGGAGGAGGUUAAGGCAGUUAUUUUGGCUAAUCCUGAUCUCCCAGGAGCUGAUUUGCCCGUGCAGGAUAGACAGGUGUUGCAUCAUCUCCAGAGAGCGAGGGACGAGGCCACAAAAGAGGAAGCAAUCAGGGUUGGGGUCCCCAGCUAUGGGGAAGAGGCCGUGGGGGCCGAGGCCGGGGAGCCGGGAACUGGGGGCGAGGCCGGGGCAGGUCGCAAAGGUGGCCACCGCAGGGAACCUGUUUCAGGUGUGGUAGGGCUGGCCACUGGGUCAGAGAGUGCCCAACAGGACGGGGUCCUCCCAGGGGACCCCCAGCAGGACAAGCGACCGCACCCAACCCACAGGCUGUUCCGGGAGGAGGACAACCCCAUGCUGUCCCUAAUGGUCAUGGACAAAGAACUGCCGUUCUUGGUGGACACGGGGGCCACAUAUUCGACUUUGAAUGUGAUGCCUAACCAACAACAUCUUUCCACCACUACAGUGACCGUUGUGGGCUUCUCUGGGGAGGAGCAGAAACUGCCAGUGACUAAGCCUGUGAGAGUGCGGUUGAGGGGACAGACCUUUCUACACCCGUUCGUGGUCUCCGCUGCAGUGCCUGUGAACCUUCUGGGGCGGGACAUGCUGGUGAAGCUGGGGGCUUCAAUUCUGUGUAAUGCUGAUGGUUUGGUUGUCACCCUCCCCGAAGGGACCCGCCUGCCAUGUGAUGGAGCGACAGGCGGCACCGGGCAGUGGCUGAUGCAACCUGUGUCACAACACCCGGUGGCUGACAUCUACUGGGGCCUCCUGCAGCCUAGCCCGGCGGGUAUCCUGGCGGUGUACUCCGCGUGGCGCUCCUGGAUCUCCCUCCUGGAACCCUACGUUCCUCCGCUCGACCCCCCACAUGUGACACUGUUUUAUGACCGAAAUUCCAUAGAAUGGUAUGGGGACCUGUUUUCUGAGCAACUGGAAGGCCACGAGUGGCAAGUUGCUUCCCAAAACAUUUAUGUAGGUCCCGAGGGGGUGGCCUCAGCAGUCCACCUGUCUCCUGAGCAACUGCCCUGGUACAGGAUGGGAGAGGAGGCGGUGCCACACGUCUCUCUCGCCCUACAUCCUAAGCAUCAGGCUAAAGAUUUAGGCCCAAUGGUGAAAAGAGCCACUUCAGCUACGGACUGGGUUCUCACCCAGAUCCCUCAAAUCUCGUACUCCCCCUCCUGCAGUUCCUACUGUAUUCAAACUAAGGUGACAGACACAGCCAUGUUACAGCAUGAACAAUUGUCUAGGGACCAUGGUAGGGAAAAGAUGGAUCAUCCUGGUGCAGCAGCACUACUGGCUUCUCUGCCAAACUCACUGUGGUCCACCAGCCCCACUGAUGUUGGUUUGGUGGACUGCACGCCCGUCGACUUCCUACUGCACCCUAGUGCUGGACCCCUCUGGGUCAAGCAAUAUCAACACAAACCAGCUGCAGAGGAAGGGAUAGCAGAGACUGUAGCCGGUCUCUUACGGGCGGGUGUAUUCGAAGGGUCCACUUCUCAGUGGAAUACUCCUAUACUCCCAGUAGAGAAGGCAGGAACAGGCAAGUAUCGUAUGGCGCACGACUUGCGCGCUAUCAAUGAGCUGCUGCUGACUCCCACUGUUCCGGUUCCUAAUCCCUACGUCGCUCUCACCAAUCUUACGCCGUCCCAAACAUGGUUCACUUGCAUUGAUCUGGCUAAUGCUUUCUUUUCUGUACCACUAGCACCCCACUGCAGGGACGUAUUCUCGUUCACGUACAGGGGAUGCCAGUUCAGGUACACGCGACUCCCACAGGGAUUUGCUCUGUCUCCUGGGAUUUUCAACCAGGUGUUGAAGCAGUCGUUGCAGGGCUGCCAUCUCCCGGAUGGGGUCACCCUCGUCCAGUACGUCGAUGACUUGCUUAUCGCGGCCCCGACAGCGGAGGCGGCACUCGAGGCAACGCGGUCAGUGCUCCUCUGGCUGGCAGAAAAAGGAGUUAAGGUCAGUAAGGAUAAGAUACAGGUGGCCCGGACGGUGGUGUCCUUCCUGGGGAGGGUCCUGUCAGGUAAGGGAACAGGGCUCUCUCCGGCCCAUCGGUCAGCCAUCCUGAGUCACCCUAAACCAAUUAUUGUGAAGGACAUGUUGUCCUUUUUGGGACUGACCGGAUACAGCCGAACUUACAUUGCAGAUUACACAGGUCUGACGCAACCACUGAGGGCUCUGGUGCGGCCACAUGGCCUGCGGAGCCUCAGCGCCACUCUGACGUGGGAUCAACCUGCAGAGGAGGCUUUCAUCACUCUCAAGCAGAGGUUGGCCCAAGCAGCUGAUUUGGCGUUACCUGAUUAUUCUCUCCCGUUUCAUUUAGAUGUUUCUGAAACUGGAGACGUCGUGAACGCCGUCUUGUUUCAGAAAAAGGGGGGAGAGAGGAAGGUAUUGAUGUAUAUUAGCACCAAACUCGACACCACAGAACAGCGACAUCCGUCAUGCACCAGACAUGUGGCAGGAGUGGCAAAAGCCGUGCAGAAAACAGCACACAUUGUGAUGGGCCAUGCCCUACACAUCCUGACCACGCACAGUGUGGUGGCCUAUGUGAACUCACAAACGUUCACAAUGACGUCUCUAAGACAGCAGAGGCUCAGCAAAAUUUUAGAGGCGCCACAUUUAACUUUUGUCCAUGAGGGCAUCAACAUGGCUGAUCGAAUGGGGGGCGGGGCACCCCACGAAUGUGAGGCCAGGGUUAGGAAAGAGGAAAAGGUCAGGGAGGACCUAGCAGCCGAACAGAUAGAAGGUACGGAGGAGUGGUUUACCGAUGGAUGUUGUUUUCGAACAGAGAGUGGAAGUUUGCAAGCAGGUUUUGCAGUGGUAGCGAGAGAAGGCCUGGGAUUCAGGACACUGAAAGCAGAGAGACUGGAGGGGGCCCAAUCGGCCCAGAGAGCGGAGAUCAGGGCAGUCAUUGAAGCUUUAAAAUUGGCCGAAGGUAAAGCAGUCACCCUCUAUUCAGACUCAGCGUAUGCGGUGGGGGCUGUGCAUGUGGAACUCAGCCAGUGGCUGAGGGCUGGGUUCUUAACGGCAGGAAACAAACCGAUUAAGCAUGAGGCAGAUAUGAGAGAGUUAGCGGAGGCAUUGAUGCUUCCGGAAAAAAUAGCUGUGGUAAAGUGCAAAGGACAUGAGGGGUCAGGGACAGUGAUAGCACAAGGCAAUCAAGCAGCAGAUGCGGAAGCAAAAGUGGCAGCGGGGUAUGAGGUAAGCAGACAGAUGGUUACAGUAGAAGAGGAACUGGAGGGACAGGGCAGGCUGACCUCAAGCAGGAUCCGAGUCAUGCAGGCGCAAGCCUCCCCAGAGGAGAAGAACAUGUGGGCAGAAAAGGGGGGCAUAGAAACAGAGGGCCUCCCUAUGGGAAUUAGGCAACAGGUCAUAGAGGAGGCACACGGUGUGGGGCAUGUGGGGACAGGACAGAUGCUUCACAAUUUGAGAGCAUGGUGGCAUCCGUUCCUGAAGGAUAUGGUAAAGGAGUUUGUGAGAAGCUGUGAGAUCUGUGCGCUGCACAACCCAAGACCCACGGUAAAACCAGAAAAGGGUCAGUUUCCAGCAUGUCAUAGGACUGGAGAGGAAAUAGUCCUAGACUACACCGACAUGAUAAUACCGGUGCGUGGGAUGCGAUAUGUGCUGAUGUGUGUGGAUGCAUUCUCAGGGUGGCCAGAAGCCUGGCCCACUAGGAGAGAAGACGGGGCCUCGGUGGUGAAGUUCCUAGUAAACCAUUAUAUACCCAGGCAUGGGUUCCCCGAGAGGGUGAGGUCAGACAAUGGUUCACAUUUCAAAAGCAAGGAUCUGCAGAAGGCAGAAAGGGCGUUGGGACUUAAACAUGCGUUCGGGACAGUGUAUCAUCCCCAGUCCCAGGGGAAGGUGGAACGCAUGAACCAGACGGUCAAACAAAAAUUGGCAAAAAUCUGUGCACAGACUAAAUUGAAUUGGGUUGAGGCAUUACCCCUGGCACUAAUGUCAAUCAGGUGCUCCAUAAAUCGGGGAACCGGGUUCACUCCGUUCGAGUUGCAGACAGGACAACAAUUUUCGGGGCCCCACAGAGAACUUAAGUGGAAAUCGGCACAAGAAGGGGUACGAACGGCCAAGGCAUAUUAUGAUGGAUUACAAGUUCUUGUACAGGUUUCUCCAAGCAGGUCCAGGAGGCGAGACCAGAGGUUUGACCAGCCGAACCACAUACGGCAAAGUGGGGCCUUGCGUCUCACACAGUGCGGCUGAAAGGCAAAGGUGAAACCUGGUACCAUUGGAGCCAGUGCGCAGCGGUAGCAGAGCCCAGCAGAUCCCUUGCCGAGAUCCAGGAGGACCUCGCCGACAGCGCGGACCAACCUGGUUCGGGCGAACCGGCAGCAGCUCAGGUCCCAGCAGAGGGGCAGAAUGAUCCCCUGACCUGAGGCAACCAGCAGGGUAGUCCACCCCUGACUGAAAGAAGACGACUACACCUCAUCCACCAGAGAAAGAUCGGGACCAGGAUGACGAUGAUCCAGAUAAAAAGGGGGACUUUGGGGGAACGCAAGUAAUGUGUAUGACGUAUAACGUGACUAACAUGCCGAUGGUGGAAAUGUACGGUUCUGUCACUAAGGCGCUAGAAGGUCUCCACACCCUCUCUUACACCCUACAUGAGCAGUCUGGUAUCGUGCACGUGUGGGAGGACUGGAUCGCCUCUAAGUUCGGCAGUGGAAGGGACUAAUCGCUUCGCUACUUAUAUCAAUCGCUACGUUUCUCGCAAUAACCGUUACCUGUGGAUGUUGUUGUAUUCCCUGCCUGCGGGCUCUCGCUGUCAGACUGAUCACCACCGCCAUAGAGAAAAAGGCUGGGGAACCCCCUGACACGUAUGUGUCCAUGAUGCCUCUGCUGCCGAUUAAAGAGGUGGGGGAGUUUGAGGAGGGGGUCAUCGGCCUGUCUCUGGUUAGUCUGGAGCGCCCGCUGUAAGUGGUGAUCUCCUUGCGGAGAUCAAAAGGGGGAUACCGCAAAUUUUCGCGCAAAGCAAUUUAAUCAUUAAGACCAGUAAUGAUCUCUUAGUAGAGAUCAAAAGGGGGAAUUGAAGGGGGGCUAGGCCGCGUGCUAACCUCUGUCACACUGAGAAUGGGGAACUAACUGGAACUGGAACAUAGGCAGGACAAAAAGGGGGGCUCCGGCCCUCCUCGAAGUGCAAGUAAAUUUAGAAAAGCAGAAGGUACAUUGACAGUGUCGCGGUAACAUUAAGCUUACGCUUGACAUGCGGGGACAUAACAAGGGAGGGGGUCGCUGACGCUGCUAAAUUGCAACAUAACAAGACAAGGUAAAAGGGAACGGGUGUGGGGACUAACGCCAGUAAUUUCAAAACAACACUUGUAUGUUACGCCAACUGGAAAAAUACCAACAAGAACAGUAAACGCCCUGUUUGGGUUAUAAAAACCAGACCCUGACAAGAGAUAUUGAGCUACUCUUGGUAUGUACUGUUUUGUGCAUCUAAGUGUGCUCCCGGAUUGCAAUCUGUGACGUCAUUAAAGAGAGCUGACUUGCAACCAA